UAUUUAGACGAGUAGCCUAUACUAGUAUUUGUCUGCAUUGUUUUAGGGUCUAAACUCUAAAUUAAAUAAAAGUGAAAAUGUUUAAUACGUCUAUUAAAAUUGUAGAUCUAGAUCAUCUAUAUCUGAAUUAAUACGAAAGACGAAAUUAAGAGGAGGAAUAUAGGGCAAUGUUUUGUAAAUGUACAGUUAGAUCUAUGGGGCCUACCACAAGUUGGUUUUUGAAUAGCUCAGAAUGAAUGUUUUUAUUUGAUGUGUGCAUCAUUUUGAUCUGUGUUAACAAUAGUAGGGGCCAAAUAAAAUGACAUCAUAUUUACUUCGUGGAAGCUUUGGCCCUGCAAAUGACAUAUUACAAGCAAGAUGUAAAAAUGUACUCCUGAUGCCUACAUCAACUUAUAGGAAAGCUCGUUUUAAUGCAGUGGUAUUUUAUAGUAAGAGACAAUCCUUCAAAGUGACUUAUUCAAAUGGACAAAAAUAUGGUAAUGUUCUUACCUCCUUGCAACUUCAAAGACUUCAUGUACGACAGUUUUACAGUUUCAGUCAUCGAGGUAACAUUGUCUACAAAAAGAACAUUAAGUCACUAUUAGAUGCAGAUGGAGUAUACAGAUAUGGUACCUACAGAGAAAUAACGAGCCUUGUUCGUGUCAUUGGUGGUCUUGGUCGGCUGUUAAAACUUCGAUACCUUGUGUUGUUUGGUGGUGCUGGUGGAGGAUAUGCUGCUACUCAGCAAAUGGAAAAAAUUAAAAGCUACAUGCCAGAUGUAGAAUGGAUGAAAGAAUAUAUUCCUGAUUAUGAAACCAUCAAGAACAUAGUACCAGAUUGGAGCAACUGGGAAGUGCGAGAACAAGCUGCAGCUUCCUUCAGAAAUUUAAAAACCCAAAUGCUUGAAGUGAUGCCUGAAAAAGGUUGGUUAAAAAAGAAGUUGCAAGAUCUACCUGAUAUAAAACCAAAAUUGCUUGAAAUUAAGGAGGGAAUGAAAUCCAUUAUCCCAGCUGAUCUCUCUACAACCAUAAUAGAAGGACUCAGUUUGACCAAGAUGAUCACAAAUGCUCAUGCUCAAGAGUCAGAUGCUGCCUCUGUCAAUGUUACAUCUGCCAGAUUAGGAACAACUGCUUCAUCUGAAAACUUAAACAAGGAGGAAGAUAAUAUUUCUGAGGAGUCAACCAUCCCAAUACAGGAGGUAAAUGACUUAAAAUCUGAAACUAUAGUUUCAUCAGCAGAGGAUGCUAUAGUUUCAUCGCCAGAGGAAGCUACAAUUUCAUCACAAGAGGAAUCCACUGUCCCAGUCCCUGAGGAAAAAUCAUUUCCUGAGCUUUUAUCUUGUAACAUAUGUGAUAAAGAACAAAGUUACACAGAUUCAGACAUGUACAAGGAUAAUAUUGAAUCUAUUUAUACAGAACCACUUAAGGAUGUGUAUGGGGAUUUUCCUAAAUAUUCUGAAAAAAAUAUGGAAACAAAUAAACUGGGCAAGUUAAAGAAAACACCCAGCCCUUCAUUUGACAAUAUGGAUCCAUACAAUGAGGAGUGUGAGGAAAAUUAUUGCUAUGAAGAAGAUCCAAGGGUGACAAGACAAAAAAUACAGGAGGAAGUCAUGGACAUUCAGCUUAGGUAUCAAAAAGAAAUAGAACGGCUGGAGAAAGAUAACAGAGAAUUGAGAAAACAACUACUUUUAAAAGAGCAAAAGUCAGGUGCAAAACCAAGAGCAAUGAAGAAAUCUUUAAUAGAUAUGUAUUCAGAGGUUUUGGAUGAGUUAAACCAGUUUGAUUCUAGCUACAACACACAGGAUAAUUUGCCGAGGGUUGUUGUAGUUGGCGAUCAAAGCUCCGGAAAAACUAGUGUUUUGGAAAUGAUUGCCCAAGCCAGAAUUUUCCCACGGGGCUCUGGACAAAUGAUGACACGAUCUCCAGUUAAAGUGACGCUAUCUGAAGGACCCUAUCAUGUUGCCCAAUUUAGAGACAGCGCUAGGGAAUUUGACCUUACCAAAGAGUCAGAUUUAUCUGCUUUGAGAAAAGAGGUGGAGUUAAGAAUGAAAGCUAGUGUUCAGUCAGGACAAACAGUUAGCAGUAAGUGUAUUUCAAUGACUGUCAAAGGUCCUGGGCUGCAAAGAAUGGUGUUAGUUGAUUUACCUGGCAUUAUCUCAACUGUAACCACUGAGAUGUCUCCUGAUACAAGAGAUUCUAUAAAGGUUAUGUGCAGGCAAUACAUGGAAAACCCUAACUCUAUCAUUCUGUGCAUACAAGAUGGUUCAUUGGAUGCAGAACGCAGUAAUGUGACAGACUUAGUUAGCUCUAUGGACCCAACUGGCAAGCGUACAAUAUUUGUGUUAACCAAAGUUGAUCUAGCUGAAACUUCUCUUUAUGAUCCAGAAAGGAUAAAAAGCAUUCUUGAUGGUCGUUUAUUUCCAAUGAAAGCUCUUGGAUACUUUGCUGUUGUUACAGGAAAAGGAAACAACAAUGAUAGCAUUGGUGCCAUCAAACAGUAUGAAGAACAGUUUUUCAGGAACUCUAAACUUUUUAAAGAUGGAGUUCUAAAACCAACUCAAAUGACCACUCAAAAUUUGAGCAUGGCUGUUGCCGAAACAUUUUGGAAAAUGGUUAAAGAAACAGUGGAACAACAAGCUGAUGCUUUUAAAGCCACCAGAUUUAAUUUAGAAACAGAGUGGAAAAACACAUAUCCUAGAAUCAGAGAACUUGAUAGAGAUGAACUUUUUGAGAAGUGUAAAGGGGAAAUUUUAGAUGAAAUAAUAAAUCUAAGUCAAGUCACUCCAAAAGAAUGGGAAGAAGCUUUUUAUAAGAAAUUAUGGGAUAAAGCAGGAUCAUUUAUCAUCGAAAAUGUUUUUCUUCCUGCUGCACAAUCUAAGGACACAGGAACAUUUAAUACUGCUGUGGACAUAAAGUUAAGGCAGUGGGCAGAUGUACAGUUGCCUAAAAAAUGUGUUGAGAUUGGUUGGGACACUCUACAUGAGCAGUUUACCAACCUGUUAGAGCAGAGUAAAAAGAAUAAAGAUUAUGAUGAAGUGUUUGACCCUCUUAAAGCUGCUGUUGUUCAGAUGACUAAAACUAAGCACAACUGGGAAGGCAAAGCUGAAGAUAGUCUGCGUGUCAUCCAGUUAAAUACUCUGGAAGAUCGAUCAGUUCAUGACAAGGAGCAGUGGGAUAAAGCUGCCAAGUUUAUGGAAGAAACAAUGAGAGAAAAGCUCAAUAUUACUGAAAAGGAGCUAGAGUAUAUGACUGGUCCAGGGCUAUUAAAACAGUGGGUCAAAUGGUCUAGGCGAACUGAAGAUCACAUUAAGUUUCUGGCAGUCAAAGGAGAAUUAGAGAAAAUGUUGGCUGUAGAACCUGAACACAAAGCACACUUAGCAGCUGAUGAAUUGACGACAGUGAGAAGAAAUUUAUUUAACCAAAACUGCGAGGUUGAUGGUGAAAUGAUUAGAGAAACGUGGUAUUAUGUUUAUCGCAAACAUUUCUAUAAGAGAGCUGUUCAGCAAGCUGUUGACUGUAAGAAGUGCUUUUUUCAUUAUCAGAAAGGUUUUCAAGAUCAAGAGCUUAAUUGCAAUGCAGUUGUUUUGUUCUGGAGACUACAGAGGAUGUUGCAAGUGACAAGCAAUGCUUUACGUCAACAAGUUGUUAAUAAUGAGGCUAGACGUCUGGAAAGAAUUAUCAAAGAUGUCCUAGAUGAAAUUGGAGAUGAUAAGGACCUUUUGCAGCACUUGCUCACAGGAAGAAGAGUACUGUUAGCAGAGGAACUCAAAAAAGUGAGACAGAUCCAAGACAAACUAGAAGAAUUUAUUCAAUCCUUAAAUAAAGAGAAAUAGUUUUAAAAUUAGUAAAUAAAUUUAGUUUUUUAAAUUAAACAAUAGGAAACAAACUGAAACUUAAAAUGGUAUUAUUAUGUUUCUUUCCUGUUUGAUAUCAACAAAUGUUUUCUCUGAGUUUUAAAGAAUAUAAUUUGUCUUUAAAAAUUUCAUAAAUACAUUUCUUUUUUUUUUUUAUGUGCAUUUUAAAGAGUCAUCUUGUAUUAGAGAUAUUUUACAUAUUCUAAAAGUGUCAUUCAUUAAAAUUUAAGGCAUGAAAAUAUUUUAUUGUCUGAGUCAAUAGGAAAACUUCUUCAUUUUAAUUAUUUCUUCUAUACAAUAAUUCUUCUAUAAUGGUUUUGUAAAGCCCAGUCAAUCUGAGGAUGUAAAUUUUGUUUGCCAAGUGUAUUAUAACUUUGAGAGCCACUUAUUGUUCUUGCUCUAACAUAAACAAGUAUGUCUAAACCUCAUUUUUUAAACUAAAAUCAAAUGAAUGGAAAAUAUUUCUUGGUGUUGUUAGAUGUGAGGAAAAAUACAUGUGAAUUCUUUAGGAAUAAUUUUUUAAAACCUUAUGAAACAAAAACGUGAGCAACUUUCAAGAAUGUGUGCCCUUUUCAUGCUCAUACAAUAAGUUUCAAAUUGCAAAAAUUGGCAUUUUGAUUUAAAAUGAGUGACUAUUAUAUGUAUGUCAAAUACUAGUAAAUUAUAGUAAAAAUGUUUUAACAGUAAACUUAAAACAGUUUUGUGUGAUAGAAAAUUGUAUGCACUUUUGGAUUUGGCAAAAAAAUAAAUUAUUUUCCCUGA